AUGGCGGACUUCGAAGUCGCAUUAACCACAGAAUCAUCUGGAGACAACUUUUGUAUAUCUUUAUGGGACAUUCACUCAGGUAUGCAACUGAAAGCUUACAAAGGAGGAAGUUGCCAAGCGAGAUGCGUUUCACUGCUUGGUAAAGAUUAUAUUAUGGCAUCACAGUCAAAUAAACCCAUAAUCCACACGUGGAACAUGGCUAAGGAGUCAGUUCUCACCAAAUUAAUCUGCCCUGGUAAAGUGACGGCUAUAACAUGUUCUCCUGAUGGUUUGUACUGUGUGGUUGCUUGUGGUGAGAAAAUAUAUAUUUGGCAGGUUGCAAGUGGCAAUUUACUUGCAUUACUUUCAAGACACUUUCAGCGAAUCUCGUGUCUGAAAUUCAUUGAUGAUGGAUCUCACUUCGUGUCAUGUGGUGAUGACAAUUUAGUGAUGGUGUGGAAAAUGGCAAAGAUUUUGUCUUGUUCAUCAAACAGUAUAGGAACAUCUGAUGCAACACAAACCCCAAGGUACACAUGGUCUGACCAUGCCCUUCCUGUCACUGAUAUUCAUUGUGGAUGUGGGGGCAUGAGAGGUCAUGUGAUCACUGCAUCCCUUGACCAAACUUGUAAGUUGUACAACCUGAGUUCUGGUGAACUUUUAUGUUCGUUUGUAUUUGAUGUUGGAGUCGCAGCUGUGACAAUGGAUGCUGCAGAACAGAACUGCUUUGCAGGAGGAACAGAUGGCAACAUCUACCAAGUAGAGCUUUUUAGAAGGGGGAUGAAGAAUGACAUGCACUUGGAGAAAGAAGAAGCCCUCAUCUUCAGUGGUCAUAGUAAACGAGUCAACAGUUUAGCAGUUUCCAUGGAUGGCACACUUUUAUUGUCCGGCUCUGAAGAUCAGACUGCUCGUGUUUGGCAUGUUCGUAGUAGACAGUGUCUCAGAGUUGUCAGCCACAAAGGUGCAGUCACCAACUCGCAGAUAAUUCCAAAACCUCUGUACCUCGAGAACCCGCCCCCAAAGUCAUCCCUUGCUCCAAUCCAGCCUCUAAAACGGCACGUGCAUAUACCGAAUCAAUCACGUGAAAAACACGUGGCUAGUCUCGCAGGAACAAGUGACGCAGAAUCCAAUUCUGACGCUAUUUUUAUGGCGCUGAGGGGAAAAAUAAGCGAGGAAAAUAGUUCACAGCAAAGGAAAAGAUUUGGGGAAAAUUCGGCGCUACCUCUGCUUACCGAGGUUGCAAAGUUUGAAGGGCAGGGAUCUGCGACAUCAAGAAAAAGACAGCUUUCACGACGGGAACUCGAAGAAGAAUUAGAAAACGUGAAACGAGUUAACAGACAUUUUUACAAUUUUGCCGUGAAGGAAUUGAUGGAUGAAGUGUACCAAGGAACCGAAAAACGGACAACGUAAGAAAACGAACGUUUGUUGAGAUUUCCUCGCUAGAAUUUGUGCUUCUGGUUUCUCAAGGAGAAUCAUACUAUCAAGAUUGGAUCAGCGACUUCUCAAUCCUUGUUUCCAGAAUUUGAAACUGUCAGAAUGAGAACGACUUUCGACCACAUAAAAGGUUUAUCUUCCUAGUAACAUGAUGAAAAACAUCACCUCGCGACGAUGGCAUGGCGUUCGUCCGGAAAAAAAAAAACAAGGAAACCGCCUAAAGCGCGGGAAGACGCGCACGACCAAGUCGUGCGGUGUUAGUUCUGCACCUGAUUGGUUGUUGGAAUGGUGAGAGUUUUCUCGACCAAUCAGAGAGCUGAGUAAAGCCAUUGAAAAUUGCUCUAACGGACUUGCUAUCUCGAGUCAAAGAAUAGGAUUAAUAAAUAUUUAGUUACUUCAUGAUUAGCCGCGAGGACUUAAGAAAUUAUUUUCAUUUCUUCUUUUGAAUGGUCUUUGUUUUUUAGAAACUCGAUUAGAUUUAUUCGAAUUACGUAGAGUUGUCAAACACUUGGGUUACUUUUUACUUAAUUGAAGUAAGAUGAACAUUUUCGUGAAUUACUGAGAGUAAAGAGCGCACUAUAAUUUGUCUGAUUUAACAAAAAAAAAAAAAACAAUAAAAAAGGCGGGGAUGAUUCCUCAGACGGGCAGGCGUACAAGUUUAUCGUCUGUUACAUGUAAAUUUCUGGUUUUUAAAAACUGAAAUUCAAAUCUGUAGAAACGUAUACCUUUAUGCCCUGGAAGGUCCACGGACAAGUUUCAUUUUGAGUAUGUUUAGCACGUGCACAUAGGCACAAGAGCAUCCUUUGACGUGCACCUGAACUUGCGCGCGCAGAGGUAAAUUGCUCCUUUAUUUGGGGCCGUAGUCGUUUUUGUGUUUUUGAAGUAGAUUCCUAUUUGUCGAUUUGAAAUAUAUUGCUCUUCCAGUCGGAUAAUGUCAAUUAUGGUGAAUACCUAGAAUCAACUGCAUUAUUUUGGCGAGGAAUUGAAAUGCUAGUAUAAAUGUGUAUUCUAAUUAUAACCCUAAUGGCGCCCAAACAUGAGGAAACUCUCGGCUUAUUCUCGUUGAAUGGUGUACAUUAAAAACGCUUAUUGCUGACUAAACCUGCGCGGUUAUAAGACUUAAAUUAAAAAGAGUGAGACCUGUUGCAAAACCAAACAAUGGCGGAAUUAAAGAAGCUAAGUUUUACUCCAAAAUAGUGACGUCAAAAAGGCAUUUUAAUGACGUCGUCUGUUUGUUUAACGUUUUUAUUUACGAUGCAGUGGUUUAAAGUUUCCCUUGCUUAAUAUGGGAGUUACUUGUUCUAGUUUUAAAAGGACAUAUUCGCGUUAUCGAGAUGGAAUUCUUUCUCGAAUGCGGCCCUGCUUGACUUUAUCUACGCGUUAUCGAGAUGGAAUUCUUUCCCGAAUUUGGCCCUGUUUGACUUUAUCCGCUACGCGUUAUCGAGAUGGAAUUCUUUCCCGAAUGCGGCCCUGUUUGACUAUAGUCAGGAAAAGAGAAAGAAGGAAGAAAGUCGACAGGAUUCAAGAGGACAGCAAAUCUUGUGAAAAGAAAGAAAGUGACUUCACAAGCAGAGAGGACAAGUGCACAGAUGCAAAGCCGUCCGCAUGCGCCGAAACCGAAGUACCAAGCGUCCCUUUGAUCAAAGAAGUCAAAGUUUUGCCUCCCAUUCGCACCAGAACCAGUAUAACAGCAGCCGAAUACAAGCCCAACCGAGUGUGGGGAGGAAGUGUAGGCUCUUUUUAUGACACAAUUCGAAGAGAGUCUAUCGUUGACAAGGACCUGAUAACAGGCGGCAGAAGACAGAGUAGGAGAAGCAGCUCGCUGAGGCCGCAUAAACUUGAAAACGAAAGUGGUGGUGGGAAGCAUAUUGAGUUGGAGGUGCGAUUCAAGGCAUUGACUGAAACGGAGGAACCGAGUGGCCCAACAGAGAAAGCAGUUAUGAAGAAACAAAGACAUAGCAUUAGAAAUAACUCAAAACUUGUUCCAAUUUCUUCAUCGGACUGAAGCAAAUGCAGUCAAACGACCCAAAGUCUGCUGUAGUUUAUGUUGUAAUUUAGUCGCUUCUUUGAUUUGCUUGGAUGGAGUUUGGUGGAACCAAACGAACCGCAGUUGAUAUUUAACAAAUACGUGCCAUCUAAACACGAUUUCAAAUCUCAAGCAUAAAUUAAUCACCAUAUGUAAUAAAACGCAUCAUUGCGAUUCUUGUAAUAAAUUGUUGUCACCAGUC